AUGGGAUCCCAAACACAGUCUCAGCUUCCCGUUAUAGACUUCACUAACCCAAACCUGAAACCUGGUAGUGACAAAUGGGUUUCAGCUUGUCAAGCAGUGCGUAGUGCACUUGAGGAUCAUGGUGGUUUCUUGGCACUCUAUCAUAAGGUUGUUUCCGAGACAUACAAUUCUGUUUACUCUGCAAUGGAACAUUUUUUUGACCUCUCAAUAGAAACAAAACGCAGAAAGACCACUGAAAAACCCAUAUUUAGCUACUCUGGGCAGCGAUCUGGGAUUCCUUUAUAUGAAUCUGUGGGUAUCGUUAACCCACUUAGCAUGGAGGAUUGUCAGCGAUUUACACACAUUAUGUGGCCUCGAGGAAAUGUUCAUUUCUGUGAAAGUGUUAAUUCAUAUGCAAAGCAACUAGUGGAAUUGGACCAUAUUGUGAAGAGGAUGUUGUUUGAGAGCUAUGGAGUGGAGAGGAAGAAAUUUGAGUCUUUACUUGAUUCAACUGAGUACGUGCUCCGUGGCUACAAAUACAGAAUCCCCCAAGUUGGUGAGAGCAAUUUGGGAGUGGCUCCUCAUUCUGACACUGCUUUUCUAACAAUAUUGAAUCAGAAGGUAGAAGGCUUGGGAGUCAAAUUGAAGGAUGGGGAAUGGUUUGAAGUGGGUGCCGCACCCUUACUCUAUUUGGUAAUGGGUGGCGAUGCACUCAUGGUUUGGAGUAAUGACAGGAUACCAGCUUGUGAACAUAGAGUUAUAAUAAAUUCAAAGAUAGACAGAUACUCCAUGGGACUACUUUCAUAUGCUGGUAAGAUAAUGGAACCAGAAGGGGAGCUAGUUGAUGAAGAACAUCCUCUACGUUAUAAACCAUUUGACCAUUAUGGAUACCUCCGUUUCUUUCUCACAGAAGAAGCCAUAAAAUCUGAUUCCCGGAUCAAGGCAUUUUGUGGCAUUUCAGACAUAUUUUGUGGUGUGAAUUAA